AUGCCUGGAUUAAGAAAUCUUAUUGGAGCGGUGGUUGGAUUGGCCGCAGUAGCAUCGGCUCUCCCAGCACUACCUAGGCUUAAUGAGAGAGCGUUGAAGAUGUACGAGGUGAAGAGACAGGUUACCGCGACGGGUCUCCCGGCUGAUUUGACGGAUGUGGAUAUUUUGCAAUUCGCCCUCACUCUCGAGAAUCUCGAAACGGCUUUCUACCAACAAGGAUUCGCCAAGUUCCCCGACUCCGACUUCACAGCUCUGGGUCUCACAACCCAAGAUAUCGCCAAUUUGAAAAUGGUCGCCAUGACCGAAGCGACUCAUGUCACUACUCUCAUGACAGCCAUUUCCGCUGCUGGCACUCAGCCCGUCGCACCUUGUACUUACAAUUUCGGCUUCACCACCGCCCAGAACAUGAUCGCUACAGCCAACGUUCUCGAAAACAUUGGCGUGAGCGCCUAUCUCGGUGCCGCGCCUUUGAUUAGCAGUAAAGCGGUGCUCACCGUCGCGGCGGAAAUCGUCACCGUUGAAUCCCGCCAUCAAACAUUCAUCCGCACCGCGUCCAAAGUCUCCGCCGUCCCCUCCGCCUUCGACACUCCCCUCGGAAUCCGCAACGUCUUUUCCCUCGCAGCCCCUUUAUUUCUUCCUUUGACGACUACGGCGCAGGGAGCCACGGCCUGUGCGUUUACGAAUGGAGGACAGACGGGCGGAACGGCGUUUACGCCGUUUGCGAAUGGUGCGUGUACGGUGCCUCAGGGGUUGGCGGGUGACGCGUAUUUGAAUUUGGCGAGUCAGAUGCCGGCUACCGGGGUAUUGACGGAUGAUAUUACGGUGGCGGGCCCAUUGGUUUUGGCGAUUUCGUAG